AAUAAAAAACGAAUAAAAUACCUAAUGGAAUGAACCUGUUAUUUACAUAUAUGAUAUUUUCAGAAAUUCAAGAUACAACAUUGUUUCAUUGCACAGGUGUACAACAAAAUUAUCUUUGUGCUCACUAAAGACAGCUCAUAAAUGUAGUAACAUAUAAGGACAAUUCAAAACAGGACUGAGAGCCCUUGAGCCGGAUUCCCUGUGGUCUGUAUUUUUUAAAUAACAUCCCAGAUAACAAGCUUACAUUGAAACAACAUUGACUUUCCAUCUGAAUCAUCAGUUUGGUUGAUAUUGUAAUAUUGAUGCUAACUAGUUGUUGAAUCAACAUUGAUAAACUGAUAAUGAAACCAUGUCUGUGUAGCUGAAAAAUUUGUAACUGUAACUUUCAAGGACUAGAAAAAAAACGCCGUUUUAUGCGGCGCUCUGAACGACUACAUGAAGACGACGAGCAAUACGGCGUUCUGAAGGGAUUUCCGCCGCUUUUUUUCGGCCUCAAAUAUUCUAACGUGUUCAAAUGUGGGCGAUUAGUGACCCGAACAGCUUGCCAUACCUUCGGGGUUGUGAGGCUGGGUCGGCAGAGAGGAGCAGGAAGUGGGAGCUGAGUGGGAGGAGGGACGGAGGGAGCUAGCCGCUGAGUAGCAACGGCUAGUGACGGAGUGAUGAGUGACUGGAACGGGAAGAAGAAGAGAAGUGGAGAAGCUGGGGCCUCGAGGAGUUGACCUGGAAACGGACUUGAAUAACUGGUCAGGAGCUCCUGGCACCAGGGAUCGAUGAGCGAGCUUGUGAAUGACCCAGUGGCUGCUGAAAGUCACCUGGACGCUUUGGGUUGAGAUGCCCUGAGAUGUUUUGGGUGUACGAGCACCUGCGGAGGGCGGACUUGACUUUCCUCUUUCUUUUAUUAUUAGAUUCUGACUCUUCCGCAGAGCAGGUGUUAAAAUAAUGGCGCUGGUUAAAGAAGAAGCUCAUGAAGAACAGAGUGCUGGUGAGGACCAGCAGGAACCAGAACACCUUCGCAUAAAGGAGGAACAGGACGACCUCUGGACCAGCCUGGAGAGAGAGCAGCUACAUUUAAAGGAGACUGAUGCUGCCAGAUUUCUAUUCACUGCUGGUUCUAUAAAGAGUGAGGAUGAUGAAGAAAAACCUCUCGUCUCACAGCUUCAUCAGCAGCAAACAGAAGACCGAGAUGUUCCAGCGAGCAGCUCAGCUGACCAUGUGACAGCAGAAAUGACAAGUCAUUUAGCAACAAGGUCUUCAGGCUGUUGUGUUAGUAAGGAAUGUGUUAUAGUGAAGCAACAUGCAGACUCCUGUAGGGAAGUCCAGAAAAAGACUAAAACAUUUAGUUGUGAUCACUGUGGAAAAGAAUUUAUAGGAAAAUCAAGUUUAAACAGUCACAUGAGAAUCCACACAGGACAGAAGCCUUUUGCCUGUGAGCUCUGUGGAAAAAGUUUUUGUCAAAAGACAAGUUUAAACAGUCACAUGACUGUUCACACAGGACAGAAGCCUUUUGCCUGUGAGCUCUGUGGACAAAGAUUUAACCUACGAACACAUUUAAACAGACACAUAAGAAUCCACACAGGACAGACGCCUUUUGCCUGUGAGCUCUGUGGAAAAAGAUUUAGACAUGAGACAAGUUUAAACUAUCACCUGAGUGUCCACACUGGACAUAAGCCUUUUGCCUGUGGGCUGUGUGGACAAAAAUUUAGUCAUAAGACACAUGUAAAAGAUCACAUGAGAAUCCACACAGGACAGAAGCCUUUUGCCUGUGAUCUCUGUGGACAAAGAUUUAACCGAAAAACAACUUUAAACAUUCACAUGAGAAUCCACUCUGGACAGAAACCUUUUGCCUGUGAACUCUGUGGACAAAGAUUUAAACGAAAGACGAAUUUAAAUUCUCACAUGAGAAUCCACACAGGACAGAAGCCUUUUGCCUGUGAGCUCUGUGGAAAAAGAUUUAGUCAUACGACAAGUUUAAAAGGUCACAUACGUGUCCACACUGGACAAAAGCCUUUUGCCUGUGGGCUGUGUGGACAAAAAUUUAGUCAUAAGACACAUAUGAAAGAUCACAUGAGAGUCCACACAGGACAGAAGCCGUUUGCCUGUGAGCUCUGUGGACAAAGAUUUACCCGACAAUCAACUUUAAACAUACACAUAAGAAUCCACACAGGACAGAAGCCUUUUGCCUGUGAGCUCUGUGGACAAAGAUUUAGACAUGAGACAAGUUUAAAAGAUCACAUGUGUGUCCACACUGGACAGAAGCCUUUUGCCUGUGGGCUGUGUGGAAAAAGAUUUAGACAUGAGACACGUUUAAAAAGUCACUUGAGUGUCCACACUGGACCUUUUGCCUGUGAUCUCUGUGGAAAAAGAUUUAGACAUGAGACACGUUUAAAAAGUCACAUGAGUGUCCACACUGGACAGAUGCCUUUUGCCUGUGAUCUCUGUGGAAAAAGAUUUAGACAUGAGACACGUUUAAAAAGUCACAUGAGUGUCCACACUGGACAUAAGCCUUUUGUCUGUGAGCUGUGUGGACGAAGAUUUAGUCAUAAGAAUAAUUUAAACAUUCACAUGACAAUCCACACAGGACUGAAACCUUUUGCCUGUGAGCUCUGUGGACAAAGAUUUAACCAAAAGACAACUUUAAACAGUCACAUGAGAAUCCACACAGGACAGAAUCCUUAUGCCUGUGAGCUGUGUGGUCAAAGAUUUCGUUAUAAGGCAAGUUUAAACAGUCAUAUGAGUGUCCACACAGGACAGAAGCCCUUUGCCUGUGAGCUGUGUGGAAAAGGAUUUAACCGAAAGACAGAUUUAAACAGACACACGAGAGUCCACACAGGACAGAAGCCUUUUAUAUGUGAGCUCUGUGGACAAGGAUUUAGUCAAAAGAUAAGUUUAAAUAAUCACACGAGUGUCCACCCUGGACAGAAGCCUUUUGGUUGUGUAACAUGACCUAAUGGUUACUUUUAAUAAAUGAUCAAUAAGAUGUGAUAUUUCCAUAUAUAUGUAUAUAUGAAAUAUCAAUAUUGAUCUUUAGAAAUUUCAUCUAAAAUGAAACCAGGUCAUUUUGGUAGUUCAGGGAAAAUCACACCUUCGUAAUAUUUUGAGAUAGAGCGAGAAAUAGUUCCUAAAAACAAAUUUAAUACUACAUUUCUACUACUGUGUGGGCGACGGUGGCACAGGAGUAAAGUGCUCGCUCCGUAAUCAAAUGGUUGCAGGUUCGAGCCCCUGCUCAGUUUGUCGCUGUCGUUGGGUCCUUGGGCAAGACACUUAACUCACCUUGCCUGCUGGUGGUGGUCGGAGGGACCGGUGGCGCCAGUGCUCGGCAGCCUCGCCUCUGUCAGUGCGCCCCAGGGCAGCUGUGGCUACACCGUAGCUCAUCCCCGCCAGCGUGUGAAUGUGUGUGUGAAUGGGUGAAUGACUGAUUGUGUUGUAAAGCGCCUUGGGGGGUUUCCAGGACUCCAGAAGGUGCUAUAUCAAAUACAGGCCAUUUACCAUUUAUUAAUGAUGACACGGAACAAAUGAUGAUAAAUUAUGGUUGAAACAAGAUAACUGGGACAAUGAAUGAAAUGAUGGAAUGUGUACUUAGAUGUUAUGUAGCAAAACCAAGUGUCUUAGAAAAUUGUUAUGUCUGGGUUGUAAAAUAAGUCUGAAUGUAUGGUAUAACAAUCUCUAUUAAAAACACCAUCCCACGCCA